GCGUUUGAUUCUCAAACACUCCACCACACAGACUGAUCUUCCUUCCCUGUGCUCUCUGCUGUUGCUUCUUCAGGAGGCGAAUUUUCAUCGCUGCGGCAAUGGGGAAGGCAUCUAGGUGGUUCAGAGGACUUUUAGGGUUAAAGAGCAGCGCCAAUUCCGACCAGAGCACCCCAGCCAAGCCGCCGGCGAGGAAGAAAUGGAGUUUCGCGAAAAAAGACCGCCAGAAACAGCACCAAGAGCACGGAGCCGCUUUUUCCGGCGACAACGGGGACGAUGCCGCUAGGCACGCAAUCGCGGUGGCCGCGGCCACCGCUGCAGCGGCGGAGGCUGCUGUUGCGGCGGCUCAAGCGGCGCAAGCGGCUGUAGUGCAGCUCACAAGUAGCGGAAGGAAUAUUUCUGUGUCGGGGAGUGGUAGCGAUGUGAGCGUUGCGGCGGCGUGUGUUAGUCAAGGUGUCGGAGGGUACCGGAGCCGCGAGGAGUGGGCUGCUGUUACGAUUCAGUCACAUUUUCGUGCUUAUCUGUCCAGGAGAGCCUUGAAGGCACUGAAGGGAUUGGUAAAGCUUCAAGCCCUUGUUAAAGGCCACCUUGUGAGAAAACAAACUGCACAUACACUUAAACGGCUGCAAGCACUUGUAAGAGCACAAGUGCGAGCCCGGGCCGCGAGAGUUCCUGUUACCGAUCCACAAUAUUCGACACUGAAGUCCCUCCAUUUCCAUCACCAGGGACCAGCAACGCCUGAGAAAUUUGAUCAUGGUGUGGAACAAUCCAGGGCCAUGAAACACCAACAAUUAAUGAUGCUCAAGCGGAAAGGCUCCAAAUCGAGUAGGGGAGUAAAAGGGUACUUUACCUGGAUGGAUAGCAGCAGAUCCGGCGAAAGCUUAUCCGAACAAGGAUGCUUUAACAGAUCUCUUCCCACAGAUGACGAUAGAAGCGACAAGAUUCUUGAAGUCGACACUGGGAAACCUCAGACCAUUCCCAAUCGAAGAAUGCUCUUCUACUCCUCUCAUCUUAGCCUCGGUUCUGACCAGAAUUGUCAAAGCAUUUCAACAUCAAAGGACUCCACAGCUCACUGCCAACCAGUUCACAGCCCAUCCGAAGUUCAAUCUUUAAAGUUCCCACAAGAUGCCGAUGAAUCUGCAUUCUGCACAGCAGACAACAGCCCGACAUUCUACUCAUCAUCAUCCAGGCCUGGCACCACUAAGCCAACCGCAUUCACUCCUGCUAAAAGUGACGGCUCAAGAAGCUGCACAAGUGGUUACUCUGAUCACCCUAACUACAUGUCCUACACCGAGUCAUCAAAGGCUAAGGCACGUUCACAGAGUGCCCCUAAACAAAGGCCACAGUAUGAUCGAUCAAGCUCUACAAAGAGAUAUUCAAUCCACACAUACGGUGAUUCAAGGCCUAUGCAGAAAGGUUCAUCCUUCCAGCCUAACUACACUCACACAAUAUAUCCAGGAUCUGGCCUCUUAGACAGACAUGGAAUUCCUAUUCGAGGUAACCUCGACGGAUUCAACACCGGAAAUUGGCACAACUAUCACUAAUGGCUUGAACUUUCUACUACUAAGUUAUUCACUAAUUCUAGUUUAGCCUUUAGACUUGUUUAAGCAUAGCAAGAGCCCUAACUAGUAAAAAUGUAGCUGCAACAGAAUUGUUUGUAUUAACGAAUCUCAUAUUGUUUUA